UCAGGCGCGCGCUCGGCGGCGGAGCGCACAUUCACGCGCGGAUCGCAGCGAGCGUCGGUUCGCGCCGCGCCUCUCGUUCCCGCGGGCGUCUGAUGCGAACGCGUUCUUCUGGACGCUGACGGGGAAAAGAAGGAAGCGACGGAGGGGUCGUCCAGCAUCUAAUGCUCACAUUCACCACAAAACUGCUGAUUUGGUUUCAGCUGCGUCAAGAAAAACCAAGAGCGCCUGAGAGCGAGCGACGCUGACGUGGGAUCAGAGCUGGGGAGGGCCAGAGGGCAAAGAAACAUGGAGGAGUUUAAAGUUCAGACGGCCAAGCACCCCGUCCCCAACAGUUCACCGAUGAGGCCGCACGGCGACCAGCCCAAAGAUCACGCGGCCAAGCGGCUGUCCUCGGCCUCCAACGGCACGAGCGACGGAGGAGCGGGCGCCAAAACCCCGGUGGAGAUCACGGCCCUCGAGGAGUCCUUCCGCCGCUUCGCCAUCCACGGAGACACGCGAGCCACCGGCAGGGACCUGAACGGCAAGAACUGGUCCAAGCUGUGCAAAGACUGCGGCGUCAUCGACGGCAAGAGCAUCACCCUCACAGACGUGGACAUCGUCUUCUCCAAAGUCAAGAACAAAUCUGCCCGCACCAUUACAUACAGCCAGUUCAAAGAAGCGCUGGCGGAGCUCGCCAGGAAGCGCUUCAAAGACAAGAGCAGCGAGGACGCCGCGCGAGAGGUUUACAGCAUGAUAGAAGGGAAAUCGCCCAUAAUAUCUGGAGUCACGCGAGCCGUGGCGUCCCCGACCGUGUCCCGCUUGACCGACACCAGCAAGUUCACGGGGUCGCACAAGGAGCGCUUCGACGAGACGGGCCGCGGGAAGGGCAAGGCCGGCCGGGUGGAAGUGGUGGACACGUCCGGGUACGUCUCCGGAUACAAGCACGCAGGCUCGUACGAGAAGAAAGUUUCCAAACCUCCCCGCGACUGAAGACAAAACCCCCCUCCGCUCUAAAAGCACAAACGGAUUUCCCAUUUUCCACUGAGGGUACGUCUUUAGUCUGUGAAUAACACUGAGUUUAUGUUCCUCUUCCUCUAAGUGUUUUAUUUCUAUUAACUGGAACGCUGUUUACAUCCAACGCCGACGCCACCAGCUGGUACGUUCCUAACAAACGCCAGAAAGAUGCCGAGGGAAAGACGAGCGUCUCCGAUAUAUUGCACGCUCUACUAGUGAAGGGUUUUUUUUAUUGUGAAUAUUGACAUGAAUACUUGCCGUUUUGUGGCUUCUCCAAUGAUCGCAGCCUGAAACACGCUUCGCAAACGCUUCAGGGAUGCUUUUUCCAUCUGCAUUUAUAUCUUAAUGCAUCUGGCGUCUGAAUUUGAUCGGGUCGUGCAUUUCGUGCAUUCUUUGGUCACGCACGGGAAGUGCUUUUCAGGCCCGCGAUGAAAUGCAUUCACGUGCAUUCGUCUUAGUAUUCAGUCAUUUGUGCGAUUUGAAAGCAAUGAUUCGUCCCGAAAAUAAAUAAAAAAAAACUUGCUGUAAAUGCGCUCGCCCUCAAGAUUAGGAUGAGUUUGUUUCUUCAUCUGAUUUGUAGAAAUGCAGCGUUCUCAUGAAUGGAUGCUCUGCAUGGAAUGGGUGCCGUCGGAUUGAGCGUCUGAUAAAAACAUCACAGUUAAUCCACAGAACAUCGGUUAACAUCUGAAGACAAAAGAUCAAACUAAGCCAGCAUUUAGAUGCUCUGAAGUGUGCAUAUAUGUAUAUGUUUUUUUU